AGAAAACUUUGUUGCUAGGAAACCGUAAACCUCAGCGCUCUGUCAGUAACCUAAGUAUACAUCGACUUUAAACACUUUUAUACAGCAAAAAAGCGAAGGUACAUGAAAAAUAUUUCAGACCGGAAUAUCUGAUACGAGCCUGCCAAGCGAGCCUGCCAUGGCAGGUGCACCCCCGGGAGGCUCCCUGUCGAGUUGCACUGGACAAAGCUGGGAAACCGAGUCCAGAGAGCAUCAGCCUAUGGCCCCUAAAGCACAGAGCUCCACCAUCUAUCCAAGACCUCCAAUAAAUGUGCCGGACCCACUGGCUGUUUUAAAGAGACAAGUAUUACGGAAAGAACCCAGUCUCAACCACUUAAAAACUCGUGAGCGGCUGUAUUUUCCUGGCUGGUACACUCAGUCGCCUCCAUCUCACCACAAAGAGCAGCUAAGCUCACUUCUUCACCAGUUGCCUUCCAGCUUACCGCGUAUGCAAUCCACAACUAAGUUGUCCCAGGAUGUGGCAUCAACAACUAGUCUACCCAGAGGGCCAGUUUCAGUUAAGAGUGGUGGACACUUGGACAAAUUUGAAGUACAUGAGUACAAGCAUCAGCCCACUGCCCCUGAAGUACAGAGCUCCACCAUAUCACCAAAACCUCCAGUCUGUGUGCGGGACCCACAGGCUGGACUCAAGAGACAACCCAGUGUCGACCACUUAAAAACCCAUGAGAAGGUUCAGUCGCCUCCAUCUCAGCACACAGAGCAGCUACACAGGCAUUGUCAAAAGUUGCCUGUCAGAUUACCGCCUCUGCGAUCUGCGACCAAGCCAUUCAGGAAUGUGGUGAAGACACAUGGCCUCCCCAAACAACCAUUUUCCCUUGAGAGUGGGGAAGAGGAGCACAAGUACCACUGCAAGCUGAUUCGUAUCCCCUUCUUUGCCCGCUUCAAAAUGUGGAAACCCUUCUACAUCUGGCACAAAAAAGUUUGCGCAAAGAAGAUUCAUCUUGCAAGGGAGUCACUCCGAAACCGUUUAUUUAUCGCCAAUCAGUCCUUAAGUCCUGCACUGAUGGACAUCAGGAAAAUGUGUUACCAAAUCAGUGACAGAGUCUUGGGUCACAUGGAGAAAAAUCGCACAUACACACUGCAGGAAUUCCAGGACAUCCAGCUCAAACAACUACAAGAGGUAGUAACUGACUUGGAGAAGUUUCAAGAGCUAGUAAAAGAAGUGACACUCUGUGCCUAUCGCAACUGCUUGUCAGGCGAAUCCAGAUCUGACCCAAAUGUGCAGAAGAAGAGGACAAUACUUGCAGCGAUCAAGGGGACCUUUCUGGCUAAACGCCUGGCCUGCUUCAUCCGUCUUGUUGACUAUUUGGUCAUGAACACCUUGCACAUGUUGGUGGUGAAUGCAGUGGCUGAACUACUGGCUGUGCUCCAGGAGCAAGUACGUCAUACGCCCAGCCAUGCCAUCAUUCAGAGCUGGAGCCAACACUCUGAGGCCGAGAUGGACAAGAAGGCUGACGGUUCAGAUACUAACCGUGUCCACCCUAUGUUUGUGACUGAGUUGAUGCUGGACACAAAUGCUUUGACUUUCCAACCGUCUGAGGAGAAUUUUCAGGAGACCAUUGCAGAGAUCAUUGGGCUGUUUGAGAAGACAGUGUUGUCAGUUAAUACACUGACUUCAGAUCCCGAUUUUGGUUCACUGACAGAGCCCAAAAUGGACAAGAAAUUGGAAAUUCAACAUAAGGAAGGCCCCUGUUUGGAAUCCAUUAUAGACAAUGAUGGCCACCUUCAAAGUCUCAGUAAAGAGAUCAAGGAAUCUCUCCAGUUUGCCUUUGAUGCAGCUGAAGUGUACUCACACACGUUUGAGCAUUUUCUGCUGUUCUAUAAAGAGAACGAGAGUCUGGAUCUGGAUUUGAUGCAGCAACAAGAUCAUGAUGUGUCCUUUUUUGCAAAAGCACUGGAGUUAUACCAAAGCGAGCAUAAAGAGGCCUUAGCCAUCCAACAGAAGACACAUCUGGGUUUGCUGCUUGUGGACAAAACACAGCUUAAAAAGAAUCUUGCAUCUUCUCCUCUCCGCUGUCAUGAGUCCGUCAGCGAGAUGCUCAUUAUGCUGGCGAAGAAGAAGCUUGAUGCUGUCACUGCUGAGGUUUGUGAAGCCCACUUCAAACUAGAGUCCAGUCCCUCCACGACAGCUGGGUUAGCCAACUUUCUCUCAUCCCUGGAUGAGGUACGGGAGCAGAUGACGGGGGUUGAGGAGCAACAGAAGACAGUUUCUCAGAUGUACAAUCUGAUUAACACAUAUUCAGGCCCCACACCACUUGAUGUGCUCUAUGUUUUUGGCACCUUGCAAACCUCCAUUGACUCGUUGGAAGACCUCAUUGAUGAGGCGGACUAUGGGAGAGCAUCCCUCAUGGACAAGUUCUGUAGCUCCCUGCACAAAGACAUAGAGGAGCUAAACUCUGAGGUCUGGAAAGUAUUAGUGAAGGGUAAAGAAGUCCUAGACGUCAAUGCAGAACCCUCCGAAGUGCGUCUGCUGCUGGGGGAGAUCCAGAUAUCUGUAGAUGAGCUUCUAGCCCAGGCCUCCACCUACACAUCCUACCAGAAGAAAUUUGAGAUGGAGGUGACCGAGUUUCAUGCCCUGGAGAGUUUGACUGCACAGUGUAGGCUGAGUCACCUGCUGUGGGACUCCGUAGAGGAAUGGGACUCUUUACAAGAUGGAUGGAGGCAGAGCAAACUCGAACAACUGGACUUAGAGCAGUUGAGCUCACAGAUCAUCAAAUAUGGCAACUACGUAAACCAGCUGGAGAAAGGCUUACCUCAUAACACUGUAGUACCAAGUCUUAAGGAAAAGGUUGAGCUCAUGAAGGAGAGGCUACCUGUGAUUACUGAUCUGCGUAACCCAUGUAUGAAGCCAGAACACUGGCAGACUCUGGAGUCUGUUGUGAGGACCUCCCUGAUUGUGGAGGAGCUGACUAUGGCUGUUUUGGAGGAGAUCAACAUCUUCUCCUAUGGAAUGGAGAUACAGAAGGUGUCACGACAGGCUUCAGCAGAGGCAUCAGAAGAAAACAUUAUUACAAAGGUGGAGGAUGUGUGGAAGACCACAGAGUUUGUUGUGCUGUCUUAUGGUGACACCAGAGACAGCUUCAUCUUAGGAGACACAGAUGACAUCCAGGUACUCCUGGAUGACAGCAUUAUCGAUGUGGGCAUGGUGGCAUCUUCUUGCUACGUAGCUCCCAUCAAGUUCAGGGUAGAGAAAUUGCUGAGCCAGCUGACCCUCUUCAAUCAAACACUGGAUGAGUGGCUCACCUGCCAAAGAAACUGGCUAUAUCUAGAGGGUAUCUUCUUGGCCCCAGACAUCAAGAGGCAGAUGCCUGCUGAGUCCAAGAUGUUUCUUAAAGUGGACAAGUCCUGGAAGGAGAUUAUGGCAAUGGUCAAUAAGAUGCCCAAUGCCCUUAAAGCAGCCACACAGCCUGAUCUGUUGGAGACUUUUCAGCAGAACAACACUGUUUUGGAUGAUAUACAGAAGAGCCUGGAAACCUACCUUGAGUCCAAGAGAGUCAUCUUUCCCAGGUUCUACUUCUUAUCCAAUGAUGAGCUACUAAAGAUCCUGGGCCAGACAAGAAACCCCCAGGCUGUGCAACCCCUCCUCAGGAAGUGUUUUGACGCAAUUGCACGGCUGGAAUUUGCUUUGAGGCCCGAACAGUCUUCAGGGCAGGAUGCUGGAGAACAGGAGGCGAUCUACAGCAAAGAUAUCCUGAGCAUGGUUUCCCCUGAGGGAGAGAAGGUAGCUUUCACCAGAGGUCUGAAGGCACAAGGCAAUGUGGAGGAUUGGCUUUGCAAGGUGGAGGAGGCGAUGUUCUACUCAGUACGACACCUCAGCAAGGCGGCCAUCGCAGACUACCAGGUGAAGUCAAGACAGGAGUGGGUGGUGGCUGGACAUCCAUCACAGGUGGUGCUGACCAUCUCUCAGAUGAUGUGGUGCAGGGAUGUGGAAGCCUGCCUGGAGGGAGACCAUGAUCAUUUUGUUGCCCUGCAGGAAUUUGAACAAACUAACUUUGAUAGGCUGAAUGCUCUGGCAGUAUUGGUACGAGGACAGCUGCCUACUUUACACCGUAAUAUCAUCACUUCUCUCAUCACUGUAGAUGUCCAUGCUAGAGACAUUGUCACAGAUCUAGUCAGCCAGAAGGUGGACUCCAGGUCUAACUUUGAGUGGCAGAAACAGCUCCGCUACUACUGGGACCCUGACCUGGAGAACUGUGUCGCCACAAUGGCUCUCUCUACUCACACCUAUGGCUGUGAAUACCUGGGAGCCUGUCCUAGACUGGUUAUCACACCACUCACGGACCGUUGCUAUCUAUGUCUGAUGGGGGCUCUCCAGUUAGACCUAGGAGGAGCUCCAGCUGGGCCAACAGGGACAGGCAAAACAGAGACCAUCAAGGAAUUGGCUAAGGGCCUUGCCAUACAGUGUGUGGUAUUCAACUGCUCUGAUGGACUUGACUACAAGAUAAUGCAGCGCUUCUUUAGCGGACUUGCUCAGUCAGGUGCUUGGUGUUGUUUCGACGAAUUUAACCGCAUCAACAUUGAGGUGUUGUCAGUCAUCGCUCAGCAGCUCAUCACCAUACGCAACGCCAAAGCUGCUAAGCUGUCAAGAUUUCGAUUUGAAGGCCAGGAGAUCAAGCUGAUGAUGACAUGCGCUGCGUUCAUCACCAUGAACCCCGUCUGUGCUGGAAGCACGGAGCUACCCGACAACCUAAAAGCUCUUUUUAGACCCAUAGCCAUGAUGGUGCCAAACUAUGCACUCAUUGCUGAGGUGAUUUUGUUCUCAGAGGGAUUUGAGUCCAGUGAGACCUUAGCAAGGAAAAUUACCCAGAUGUACAAGCUGUGCUCGGAGCAGCUGUCCCAGCAGGACCACUAUGACUUUGGCAUGAGAGCCAUCAAGUUUGUCCUGGUCAUGGCUGGGUCUCUGAAGAGAGCACACCCAUACCUCAGUGAGGAUGUGGUUCUUAUCAGAGCCUUGAGAGACUCCAACCUGCCAAAGUUCCUUGCUGAUGAUGCUGUGCUGUUUGGUGGUAUCCUAUCAGAUCUCUUCCCUGGUGUGUGUAUCCCCGAGCAUGACUAUGGUGUGCUACGCUCCACCAUCACGGAGUCUCUGGUUAAGAGAAACCUGCAGCCUCUGGCCAGCAUGACCAAUAAGGUGAUCCAGCUGUAUGAGACCAUGUUAGUGCGUCAUGGUGUCAUGUUGGUAGGGCCUACAGGUGGGGGUAAGACCACUGUUUACACCACCCUCGCAGACACACUGGAGACCCUCCAUCGCACAGACCACAAGGAAAACAACCCCUUCUUUCAAUCUGUCAAGACGUAUGUUAUCAACCCAAAGUCUGUCACAGUGGGAGAGCUCUACGGAGAGGCUAACACAUUGACACUGGAGUGGCGGGACGGACUGAUGGCGCUGAGUGUCCGUCAUGCAGUCAGCGACACCAGUGACGACCACAAGUGGGUGAUCUGUGACGGGCCAGUCGACGCCCUGUGGAUUGAGAACAUGAACACAGUUCUGGAUGACAAUAAGAUUCUCUGUCUGGCUAACAGCGAGAGGAUCAAACUUAAUCCAUCCAUACAUAUGAUGUUUGAGGUCCAGGACUUGGCUGUGGCAUCUCCAGCCACAGUCAGUCGCUGCGGGAUGGUAUAUAUUGACCCAGACGAGCUCAAGUGGAUGCCCUAUGUCCAGACAUGGAUCAACAGUCUAGGAGAGAAGCUCCCAGAUGCUGUGCGCACAUACCUGCUGGAGCUGUUUGAGCAGUAUGUGGAGAAGGGGCUUCAGUUUGUGUUGCAGCAUGGCACACAGGCGAUUCCUCAGGUGGACAUCAGUAAAGUCACCACACUUUGCUCCCUGCUAGAGGCACUGCUGCUGGGCGAAGGAGGGCCUGACCUCAAGACGGAUUCUGAGCAUCCCAACAGUGUAUUAUGUCCGACCUUCAUAUUCUGCUACCUGUGGGCAGUAGGUGGCAACUUGACUAGUUCACACUGGGAUGCUUUUGACGCCUUCAUUAGGGAGCAGUUUGAAGACAACAGGGAUGCAAAGCUCCCGAAGUAUGAAAACCUGUGGAAUAUGUACAUCAACUUUAAUGACAAGUGCCUGGAGCCAUGGGGGAAGAAAAUCCCUUUCUUCACGUACAACAGGGAGCAGCCCUUUUUUGAGAUGCUGGUCCACACCACAAACACUGUCUGUUACGGCUAUCUGAUGGAGAAACUGCUAUCAGUGCGACGUUCAGUACUCUUCACUGGCGACACUGGAGUGGGAAAGUCAGCUGCAGCUCGAGGCCUUCUCAGCAGUAUCCAGAAAAAGGGAGGAUACCUUCCAGUCUACAUCAAUUUCUCUGCUCAGACCUCUUCUGCACGCACACAGGAGAUCAUUGAGUCCAAACUGGAGAUGAAGAGAAAAAAUGUUUUGGGUGCUCCUGGAAACAAGAAGUUAGUGGUAUUUGUGGAUGAUCUGAAUAUGCCUAAACUGGACAGUUAUGGCUCUCAGCCUCCGAUAGAACUGCUGCGUCAGUUCCAGGACUUUUCUGGCUUCUAUGACAGGAACAAGUUCUUCUGGAAGGACAUCAAGGAAAUGACCAUUGCCGCUGCGUGUGCUCCACCAGGUGGGGGGCGCAAUCCGGUGACCCCCCGAUUCAUCCGCCACUUUAGUGUGCUAUGUCUUCCCACACCCUCGGUGCAGACCCUCCAGCAAAUCAUCAAUGCUUUCCUGAGAGGAUUCCUGAGAGAGUUUUCCCAGGAGGUGAAGGACUGUGCCCAUCAGAUCGAGUAUGCUGUUGUGGGGAUUUACAACCGCUUGAGUGUAGAUCUGCUGCCCACUCCAGCUAAAUUCCACUAUGUAUUCAAUCUCUGGGACUUCUUCAGGUGUGUCCAAGGUAUACUGCAGUGUGAGUCGAGUCAAGUGAGAGACAAAAACCAGAUCUUCCGUUUCUUCUGCCAUGAAUGUCAGCGGGUGUUCCACGACCGACUUGUCAACAACCAAGAUAAGACCUAUUUCAACACCAUCGUCUGCGAGAUGGCCAGCAAAUAUUUUAGCAUUGACUUGGACCCCUCGUUCUUUCUUACUCAGCCCAUCAUAUUUGGUGACUUCAUCAAGGUGGGUGCAGCGAAAGCUGACCGUCUGUAUGAGGAUCUGACAGACAUGGAUGAGGUUCAGGCUGUUCUCCAGCACUACCUCGAUGAUUACAACAUGACCUACUCCAAGGAGACAAAGCUGGUUUUCUUCCAGGAUGCCAUAGAGCAUGUCUCCAGGAUUGCCCGUAUAAUUCGUCAUGAGAGAGGCAAUGCCCUGCUAGUUGGGGUAGGAGGUACAGGCAAGCAGUCACUCACUCGGUUAGCAGCCCAUAUGAGCGGUAACUAUUGCUUUGAGAUUGAUCAGAGUCGAGGCUACAACUAUGACAGCUUCCAAGAGGACCUCAGAACGCUCUACAAAAUGGCUGGUGUGGAGGGAAAAGAUACGGUGUUCCUCUUAACAGAUACUCAGAUUGUGGUGGAGGAGUUUUUAGAGGACAUCAACAACAUGCUGAACUCUGGCAAGGUGCCCAACCUUUUUGAGAAAGAUGAACUGGAGCAAGUACUAGCUGCCACCCUGCCGAAAGCCAAAGGGGCAGGAAUCAGUGAGGAGAACAGGGACGAGGUGUUUCAGUAUUUCAUCUCUCGUGUACGGGAGAAGCUGCACAUUGUGCUCUGUAUGAGUCCCGUCGGUGAUGCCUUCAGGUCCCGCUGUCGUAUGUUUCCCUCCCUGGUCAACUGCUGCACCAUCGAUUGGUUUGUGCAGUGGCCUCGUGAGGCCCUGCUCUCUGUCUCACAGGCCUUCUUCCAGAAUGUUGACUUUGUGAACGAGGAGCAGAAACAGAACUUCUCAGCCAUGUGUGUGGAAAUACAUGUUAGUGUCACUGACAUGGCUGAGCGCUUCCACUCAGAGCUGAGGCGCCGAUACUACACUACUCCUACCUCGUACCUAGAGCUCAUCAACCUAUACCUGUCCAUGUUGGAGGAUAAGAGAGAGGACCAAGUGCUUGCCAAGGAUCGUGUGAAGAACGUUCUGACCAAGCUGCUGAAGACCAAUGAGCUUGUGGACAAAAUGAAAGUGGACCUGUCUGUUCUGAAACCAGUCCUGCAACAAAAAUCCAUUGAUGUUGAUGCCCUCGAGGAAAAACUGGCCACUGACCAGGAGAGCGCUGACAAGGUGCGUGAAGUAGUGCAAGAGGAGGAAGCGCUGGCCAAGGCCAAAGCCGAAGACACCCAGGCCUUGAGGGAGCUGGAUGAGGCUCUGUCAGCCAUCGAGGAUGCCAAUCAGGCCCUUAAGUCUCUCGACAGGGCUGACUUCACUGAGAUCAAGGCACUCACCAAACCCCCAGACCUGGUCAUGACUGUCUUGGAGGCUGUCUGCAUCCUGCUCAACUCCAACUCGGACAGGCUUGGGGCCAAGCAAUUACUUGAAGAUGCCAAUUUCCUCAGGCGCCUGACAGACUAUGACAAGGACAAUAUUAAGCCUCAGAUCCUGUUGAAACUUCAGAAAUACAUCAACAACCCUGAUUUCAUACCUGAGAAGGUGGAGAAGGUAUCAAAAGCCUGCAGAUCUAUGUGCAUGUGGGUCAGAGCCAUGGACCUUUACUCUAGAGCCCUCAAAAAUGUGGGCCCCAAGAGAGAAGAACUGGCCAAGGCACAAGAAGAGCUGGACCUGACCAUGGCCACCCUGAGGGUGAAGCAAGAGAAGCUUCAGGAUAUGGACAACCAGAUCAAGGUCCUACAGGAGCAGUUUGACAGCAGCUUAAAUGAGAAGGAGGAGUUGGUUAACACCAUGGCUCUGAUGCAGGCUCGGUUGACCAGGGCAGGGAAGAUAACUUCUGCUCUACGUGAUGAGCAAAUUCGCUGGGAAAAAAAUGUUGCCUUGUUUGACCAAGAUAUCAUCAACGUUGCGGGGAAUGUAUUCAUUGCAGCUGCUUGUGUGGCCUACUAUGGAGCAUUUACUUCCCACUACAGGCAGCUGCUAACUGACCAGUGGAUAAUUCAGUGUCAGGAACUGAACAUCCCCAUCAGCUCCAGCUUCAGCCUGAUCAGCAUUCUGGGUGACCCAUUUGUCAUCCACCAGUGGAAGAUAGAGGGUCUGCCUGAUGAUGUCUUCUCUACAGAGAACAGGAUCCUGGUGACCGAGGGCCGCCGCUGGCCUCUUAUGAUCGACCCACAGGACCAGGCCAACCGAUGGAUCCGCUCAAAGGAGGCCAAGCAUGGCCUAAAGGUGAUCAAGCUGACAGACCCGAACUAUCUCCGGACCUUGGAAAAUGCCAUACGUACAGGCAUGCCAGUUCUGCUAGAGGAGUUAAAAGAGACCCUCGAUCCAGCUCUGGAGCCCAUCCUGCUGAAGCAGACAUUUGUGGCUGGUGGACGGACAUUAAUCCGCUUUGGAGACUCAGAUAUUGACUAUGACAAAAACUUCAGGUUCUAUAUGACCACCAAGAUGGCCAAUCCACACUACCAACCAGAGGUGUGUAUCAAAGUUACAAUCAUCAACUUCACCAUGACCAAGACUUGCCUGGAGGACCAGUUGCUUAAUGAUGUGGUGCGCCUGGAGAGUCCACAUCUUGAGGUGCAGAGAAACGAGCUGAUUGUGCGCAUCAAUGCUGAUCGCGAACAGCUAAAAUUUAUUGAAGAUCGUAUCCUGAAGCUAAUUUUCACCUUUGAGGGGAAUAUACUUGAUAACAAGGAGCUCGUUCAGGCUCUUCAGGAGUCAAAGGUCAAAUCAGAGGCCAUAAAGCAUCGUCUGGAGGAGGCAGAGGCCACCGAGAUGAUGGUUAACUCUGCAAGGGAACGCUACCGACCCAUAGCCAGCCAAGGCUCAGCCUUGUACUUUGUCAUUGCCAGUCUCUCUGAAUUGAAUCCAAUGUACCAGUUCUCCCUCAAGUAUUUGGAACAGCUCUUUAACUUCACCAUUGAGACGUCAGAGAAGAGCAGUGUGUUAGAGGAGCGCAUCCAGAUCUUGCUGGACCAAAUCCUGGUCAACUCCUACGUCAGUGUGUCCCGUGGUCUCUUCAAACAGCACAAGCUUAGCUACAGCUUCAUGUUGUAUGUGGAGGUCAUGAGGCAGCGGGGCGAAAUCUCCGAUGCUGAGUGGCAGUAUUUCCUGAGAGGAGGUUCCUUGUUGGAAAAGGACUAUGCAGAACGGCCAGAUGUUCCAUGGCUUGGUGAUUUUUACUGGCGGACAUGCUGUGAGUUGGAGGACACACUGCUCUGCUUCAAGGACAUCUCCAAGGAAAUCACCAGAAUGCAUAUCCACAUCAGACUAGGAUGUUUUCAAGCAUCUGUUAAUCCUGAGGACUGGAAAGGCUAUGUGCCAGAGUUGCCUCCUCUUGGGGAAUCCAAAGAGGCAAAGCAGCAGAUCAGAGGCUACUGGAAUGAGAGGUUGGGCUCCUUCCAGAAGCUUAUCCUAAUCAAGAGUUUUAUGAAAGAGAAGGUGGUGGUGGCAGCAACAGAGUUUGUGACUGUCAACCUGGGGAAGCGUUUUGUGGAAAACCCUCCGGUUGACCUACCGAACCUCUAUAAAGACAUGUCCCCGUCCACACCGCUGAUCUUCAUUCUCAGCACAGGAUCUGACCCUAUGGGGGCCUUUCAGCGCUUUGCAAAGGAGAAAGGUUGUCUUGACAGAGUUGAGUCCAUCUCAAUGGGUCAAGGCCAGGAGCCGAUAGCAGAGAAGAUGGUCCAUGAAGCCCUGAAGAGUGGCAAAUGGGUCUUCCUGCAGAACUGUCAUCUGGUUGUCUCCUGGAUGUCAGCCAUAGAGGAGCUCAUCACGACCUUCACUGAUCCAGACACAUCAAUCCACCAGGAUUUCCGCUUGUUUCUCAGUUCCAUGCCUACUGAAGUAUUUCCUGUUGCAGUGCUCCAGAAUUCUGUCAAGGUGGUUAAUGAGCCUCCUGAAGGCCUGCGAGCCAACAUGCGACAAGCUUUCACAGAAAUCUCCAUCAGUUUCUUUGAAGACCACGUUCUGAAGCGCAAUUGGAGGAAGAUGGUCUUUGGAAUCUGUUUCUUCCAUGCAGUUAUACAGGAGCGGAAGAAGUUUGGUCCCCUUGGCUGGAACAUCUGCUAUGAGUUUAACGACAGCGACAGGGAGUGUGCUCUGCUCAACCUCUACAAUUACUGCAAAGAUGGUGCCAUCCCUUGGGACGCCCUCAUCUACACCACCGGUGAGAUCACGUAUGGAGGCAGAGUGACGGAUGCCUGGGACCAACGCUGUCUCAGGACAAUCCUCAAAGGUGUCUUCUCUCCACAAACCCUGGAGCCUGGCUACACCUUCUCCUCCUCAGGUAUCUACUGUGCGCCAGAGACAGAUGAGCUCGAGCAAUAUAAUAAAUAUAUUGAGAGUCUUCCAAUCACAGAUGGUCCAGAGAUCUUCGGCAUGCAUGAAAAUGCCAGCCUGGCCUUCCAGCGCCAAGAAACCAUGACUCUAAUCAGCACCAUACUGGAUGUUAAUCCUCGCUCAUCAUCCCGUCAUGGAGCUAAAAGCAAUGAUGACAUAGUCUGCGAGCUUGCUGAUUCCAUCUUAGCCAAGCUACCUGAACGUCUGGACAUGGACGCGACAGUGGAAACUCUGUUUGUCCAGGAUGAAAACAGUCACCUUAACUCCCUAAAAACUGUGUUGGGCCAAGAGACAGACCGAUUCAACAACCUGCUUAAAGUGCUCAGGAUCUCCCUCAUCACUCUGCAGAAGUCCGUUGCAGGUCUGGUGUCAAUGUCAGAGGAGAUGGACCGUAUAUACACAAGCUUGCUGAACAACCAGGUUCCCACCCACUGGUCGAACUCUGCCUACCCUUCCCUCAAACCUCUGGCAUCCUGGGUCAGAGACCUGGCCCUCAGGACCUCCUUUUUCCAGAAUUGGAUCACACGUGGUCGGCCCAAAUCUUUCUGGAUCUCAGGAUUCUUCUUCCCUCAGGGCUUUCUCACUGGGGUGCUUCAGAAUCAUGCCAGGCGCUACAAUUUGCCCAUCGAUGAGCUUGACUUCCGCUUCAACGUGGUGCCGACAUACAGAGACCAAGUAGCAGUCUGUGAUGCCCUACGCACUCAGCCCAACAGCGCUAAACUGGACAUGGACAAGGAGUUGCCAGAGCCGGAGGAUGGCGUGCUCGUGCAUGGUAUGUUCCUGGAUGCUUGUCGCUGGGAUGACAACAGGAUGGUGAUUGAGGAUGCUUUACCUGGAGUGAUGAACGCCGUGCUGCCAGUGAUGCACUUUGAGCCACAGCAGAACUACGUGCCUGAGCCUGACCUCUACCAUGCUCCUCUGUACAAGACAUCAGCCAGAGCCGGGACUCUGUCCACCACCGGUCACUCAUCUAACUUUGUUGUGACGGUAAUGCUCCCCUCCAAGCAACCCAGUGACUAUUGGAUAACAAAAGGCUCUGCUCUUCUGUGCCAGUUGGAUGAUUAAGUCUUUAUUAAAGAAUGAAAAUUAACUUUAAAUGUUAUUAAAAUGCACAGUUCUAUGCAUUACCUUAAGUUGAUGUUAAUGUUAAUGUUAAAGUAGAAGCCUUUGUGGAAUUAUUUCUAAAGAUUUUCACAUACAUGAUUUAUGCUGAAAGUGCACCUCCAUCACAUAUAGUGUAAUAAACACUUCAAAACCA